CGGGAAAAUUUCGAAAAAUCCAUCGUUAUUACACGCGUGUCGUCGAUUAAACAUUAAUCUAUGCGUAAACACGUUCAACGAGCGAUUCAUGUCGCGGCUGUUUACCCGAGGGGAAGCACGAAGACGCGCUCCGCUCCGGAAAUCACCGGAGGGAUCGAUCGAACCGCUUCAAGAUAGAACCAACAACGUGUUCGCACAUCGCGCCGACCGGAGAUAAUGAAAUGCACGACAACGGAACAACGUCGCGCGCGCGUGCUCGAGUGGCCCACGGAGUAUGUGUGUGCGUGUCGCGUAACACUGGACGCUUACGUUUAUAUAAUGCCAGGCCCGGGAAAGUGAGACCAUUGAAUCGUCGACUGUCAAAGAGACAAGCGUACCAACGAACCUCGGUGUACAGGAACAUGAAGCUCUGUCUGCCUGUUGUUCUCGUCGCCCUCGUGGCCACCCUUCUGCACUCCGCUGUUUCAGAAAGCGCAGACAGUGACGAGGCUUGCUCGCUGGAGAAUUGCAUUGCACCUGACAAAUGUGAAAUAUUCAUAGAAAAUGCUCCGUGUCCGCAAGCAGGUGUCAAAUGUUGCAGCAUAGUGAAAAGACAACACAGAACCCACUGUGCCCACCACGGAGGUAUAUGCAUGGAAAAGUGUGCUUUAUUUUUGCAGCACAACGCCGUCGAUUGCACAGACGGUCAAGUGUGCUGUGUAUUGGUUUAAAAAGGCGAGAACAAUAUUACCGAACUCGCGCGUUAGCAUAAGCGAUCGGUUGCUGCACCGGCUCGGCAACAUGUUCGUUCGCCACGCGCAACGUAUCGGAAUCAAAGUUACGACGCAUCCGUUGGUAGCAAAAGUAUAAAAGCAGCUUAAUUGGUUUUACAAUUACAACGGUACAUAGCUCUCGUCGACUUGCGUGCGUGCGUGUGUGUGUGUGUGUGUGUGUGUGUGUGGGUGUGUGGGUGUUUAAUGAAAAAUCGAUUGCGCCAUUGAGUUAGUAGUUGCUGAGCUGCGUGGACCCGUCAACGAGACGCGAGACUCGUCCACGAUAAAUAACGCGAACGUACGAACAGGUUAUUAGCGCGGUUUUUCCGCGAAACCUCGCUGUUCGCCGCUGAUAUUUGUUUAAAUGUCUAGGACGUAGAUAUGUGUGCGAGUGUGUGCGUGCUUAACCGUUACCAGGAGAAAAAGUAUUUAUAAUAAAAUAUGUGUGCUCUCA